AAAAUCUGAAUAAAAUCACGGCCUAACUCUAACCCGGUACACACAGUACGGUAGUACCAUUAUUUUAUACUUAGCGAGUGUUCCAACAGAUAAAAUAGUUUUUGUCGUAUCACUCGCUUAUGUUUUUUUUUAACUUGGAAACUUUAUCUAAAAACUUCGCUUGAAAAUAGUGGCUUUAACUAACUUUCCACGUUUUGCAUGUCUAACACUAGAUCAAGUUAUGAGGAAUUUUAAUUUGUUUGGCUCUAUUGCCGUACAGAGUCGUUCGUUGAUUAGAAAAUGAAUUUUUACUUGGUAAAUUCUCAUCGACAUUUUGAGGAAAAUGGCUUUGUGAUAUAUACUGGAUAAUCUGGUGUUCCGAGAUUUUGAUUACGCUUAAAAAACGAAAAUUACUAACUCAUCAUUCAGUUAAGAAAACCUCUUACGUAGAAACUUCUGAAACAAAACGAUGAAAAUCGUAUUACUAACAGUCAUAUUAUUAAUCAUUGCUGAAUGGGAAGUAGAGAGUUUUACAUUAUCAAAUAAGCAGGCUCUCCACGAUUCACGAUAUUUACUAAGUAGAGUCAAAAGAAAGUUUGGAAAUCGUGAUACCGGAAUAAAAAAGAACACAUACCUAGACGAUUCAAAUGAAAUAGACAAUGAAGAUCGUAAGGAACGCGACGUAAACGAUCCAUACAGAAAGGACGCUCUAUUGCUUAUUAGAGAUUUGAGAAAGUUGUAUGGUAUGCAUCAGGGUAGCAAUGAUGAAAAAGAUAACGAAAUGGAGAAUGACAAGUUGAAAAGUGCGAUGAAAAGAAUUUUACUAACAUCUAGCCAAUAUAGGAGCAACGCAAGAUCUUAUACGGACAAACUAACCAACGAAUAUGAAGGAAUGGGAUUUGACAAUAAUCUAGCUGUUGCUCUCGGUAACCUUGAACGCAAGAUGUCGCCAAAGAAGGAGGCAUGAAUUCACCAGUCAGACGGAUAUCAGCGAGUAUUUUGCAUUGCUUGUCAUUAAUUACAUUCCAAAUGUCAACACCUCUAAAAUAGUGUGAAGAUAAUUACAGUUUAAAUAUUGGAAACUUUCAAUAUUUCCAAUCUUUUUUUUAUGACCAGCGACAGAUUUAAAAGAAUGUUUUAAUAUAUUUUAGUAUUUGUCCAUUCUAAUCAUAUCAUUUAACGCCAAAUGCAGAUACGAAAUAUUCAGUAGAUCAGACCAGUCUUGCAAGAGGUUUCAAAGUUUAAUAUCUUUCAUUUCAAAACUAAAAUACAUGAUGAAAUAUGAUAUCGUAUAUCUGGUUUGUCUUAAUUCUUGAAUAUAUAAAUUUGUUCAAACGAUAAAUUAACAUUUUCUAAUGAACUGUCGUGCAUAUAGAAAUGAAAGACGCAUACUAAAGAUGAAAUGCCGCGAUUAUGGCAUUGCAUUUCAACUCAAAGCUAUCUUCCUGCUCUUGUUGAUUUUGUGAAAUCUACCAAGAGAGUACUAUAGGCAUAUACAAAAUUUUGAUUUAAAUUGUCUGGCGCAAAAGACUCAAAUUGUUUAAAGCGCCAUAUAUUACCAUACC